AUGUGGGUCUUCAGGGACAUCGUGGGCCCUAAUGCAUCUAGGCGGUUCUUGCGCCUAAUUCUAGUGUGUUGGUGUGAUACCACCAUCACUUUCCACUUCCCGUGGGGAGAGAUGACUAUUACACCUGAGGAUUACACCGCCCUCACAAAUCUGUCCUUUACUGGUAGACCGGUUUACAUUUCCAAGGAUACAGUCAUGCCAGGUGGCAAGUACAAGGGGAAGGGAACGCCUUACUCCUUGCUGGUGGACUUUCUGGCGGAGGGCCGCCUUUCUGGUGCUUCUGUGAGGAUGUAUGCUCGCGUAUUGUACUUGUUGUUCUUGAGUUCGACGAUCCUGUCGAAGUGUUCUGAGAGGGUGGAUCCUUGGCAGAUUACGUUGGUCAGCGACUUGUCUGAGUUAGGUUCGUACUGCUGGGGCGAGGCAACCUAUGGGAACCUGAUUAGCCAUAUGGGUGUGGUUGUGCUGGUCUUGGACGGUCCAGAUAGGCCGAUCAGGCCGAUUUCUCUAUGCGUCGUGCCACGACUCAUCGAGUUGUGGGCUUUUGAGCGCUUGCCCUUCUUCGUCCCUCGGUCCGGUAGAGUGGUCGAGGGUUAUCUUGUUGCUUUCUAG